AUGGAAGCGCCCGCAGCCGGGGACGAGCUGGGCAGCACCCCAGAACCCACCAUCGUCCAGCCGGCCGGGGCCACUGCCCCGCCGCCCUACCCGGCACGGGACGCGCAGCCAGGGGAGCAGCCGCCCCUCGGGGAGAGCGCGCAGUUCAGUGAAGAGCUGGAAGACCGAGGUUUGCUAGAAAGCAGUACCAGGUUAAAACCUCAUGAAGCUCAGAGCUACAGAAAGAAGGCGCUGUGGGUUUCAUGGGCCUCUAUCGUUGUUACACUGGCACUUGCUGUUGCAGCAUUCACUGUCUCUGUAAUGAGAUACAGUGCUUCAUCAUUUGGAUUUGCGUUCGAUGCCACUUUGGAUGUUUUGUCAUCAGUGAUAGUUCUGUGGCGCUACAGUAAUGCUGCUGCCGUACAUUCAGCACAAAGAGAAUACUUAGCUUGUGCCAUCUUGGGUGUGAUAUUUCUUCUGUCUUCUCUAUGUAUAGUGAUCAAAGCCAUCCAUGACCUUGCAACUAGGUUGCUACCGGAAGUGGAUGACUUUCUGUACAGUGUUUCCAUUUUAAGUGGUAUCCUUUGCACUACCUUGGCAGUGAUCAAAUUUAUGUUGGGGAGUGUGCUUACCAGCAGAGCAUUGUUAACUGAUGGUUUCAACUCUCUGGUAGGAGGAAUAAUGGGAUUCUCCAUCCUUCUAAGUGCAGAGGUUUAUAAACACAAUGCCUCUGUCUGGUACCUGGAUGGAAGUAUAGGAAUUUUAAUUGGACUUACAAUAUUUGCCUAUGGAGCCAAGCUGCUUAUUGACAUGGUCCCUCGUGUACGGCAAACACGUCAUUAUGAAAUGUUUGAAUAGAGACAGUGCUUCAUGGACUGGGAAAAGAUCACAGAAAGUGACAACAUUUCUACAACUUGGCAAGUGGUGCCAACGAUAUUUCACAGAACAUGCACUUUCUCCCAUAGAUUAUUUUCUUUUAAUGUUUUUGUUCCAGGGGAGAUCUGUACAAAUAGGGGCAAUAUGUGCACCGCUUAGAUUUCAGCAAAAGCUGCAGCAGCUUUUUCCUUUGAGUGCGCUACUAAAAUCCUGCAACUGGCAAUAAAAAUGAACAAAGUUUACAGUUCUACUCCAGCUGCCGUGGCUUGUCUUCUGGAGUGAUGAGGGACACUCACUAGAUGCCUGUAGACAAGGGCCAACAUCUAAAAGGGACAGCCACUUCACUGUAUUCUCUUGCACCAAACCUUAAAGACUAUCAAAUUUAUUGUGGCAUGAGCUUCUAUAAGCAAGAGUCUAACUUCCAUCAAAAUACACACAGGAGGUGGCUGCCAACAGUGUUCCACAAUGUGAAAGCAACUGAGACAAUAUUGAUGUCUUCUGUACAGGAUUCAGUAAUAUAUCAUACUUAGAUUAUGGACGCCAAUGGAAGCCACUUGAUGCAUGGAAUUAAUUUUUCUUUCUGUAUAAGAUGGAACUCCAAUCUCAAAGCCAACAUCACCAGAAUCCAUCAAGCUGCCCAGUCAUCACAGAUUACAAGAACUUAGUUCCAAUUUCAUACUGUUUUAUAAAUAUCUCAGAAGUCUGUAGGUUUAGGAUUUCAAAAAGUACAUGUGCUAUGUUACACUGCACAGAUAAAAAUAAGCACAGUGUAUUAAAAUACAGGCAAAAGCCAAAAAAAAAAAAAUAAGAGAGUGAAGUAAGAAUCUGUGUUUUUGGUUGAAUUAUACUCUUAUAUAGAAGUAUGUAUGGCUAAAUACAUGUUGUCUGGUCAAGUAAAACAGUGAUGGUAUCAUGCAGCUAGCCCCUCAGAACUAUUAGAACUAGUAAUAUUCUGUAAAUAUUCAUUCUCCUAUAUCAUCAUCCUAUGUAAUUUAACAUCUGGAUUACAAUAACCAAGUACCAUCAUCAUGCUCAACCAAUAAAGCAGUUACCUAUUUUGUACUUGUAUUUAA